AUGUGUUGUAUUCCAGAGUCGCACAAGGAUAGCCACCUCCCGACGGCACUGUUGUCGCUCCUGUCGGUGCAGCACCAGACGCAGUCGCUGGCCGCCCUGGUGCCGCCCUGCAUCCAGGUCACCAACGUCAUGAAGCCCAAGGAGCUGGCCUUCCCCGCGCCCUUGCUGUCCGACAAUAUCAAGGCGCAUCUGCUUCAGCACGCCUUCCUACAGAACAACAACACCGUCUCCCCGCCCAGCGACUACAGACCGACUAAAUCGGAGGAGGCGGACAGCGACGCCGAGUACGACGACACCGACGACAUAGUGCUGCCCGAGGAGGCCGACCCGUACUACGAGUUCCAAGUCGCAGGCGGCGAUUCGUUCGACAACAAGCCGAAGCAGGCGUACGUGAAACGCGAGGGCGAAGACCCGAGUCGCCAGUUCGAGUGCCGGCACUGCGGCAAGAAGUACCGCUGGAAGUCGACGCUGCGCCGCCACGAGAACGUGGAGUGCGGGGGCAAGGCGCCUGCGCACCAGUGCCCCUACUGCUCCUACCGGGCCAAGCAGCGGGGCAACCUCGGCGUCCACAUCCGCAAGCACCACAACGCAGAGUGGCUGCUCUACGCCACCAACAAGAUAACUCGCGGGGGUGUGUCGCGUGUGGAUGAUUUGAUGUGGUCUGUCGGGGUUUCAGGGGCAGGUUGCGCGCCCGAGGACGUGUCUUUCACUAGGAUCGGGGGGCUCUCGUGGGAGCAGUGGUCGGCGCGCCUGGCGCUCCCGCUGGUGGCGGGGCUCCGCGCGCCCCCGCCCCCGGGGCCCGGCGAGCCCGCCUUCACCUGCCCCGACUGCGGCCGCGUCUACAAGCUCAAGUCCUCGCUGCGCAACCACCAGAAGUGGGAGUGCGGCAAGGAGCCCCAGUUCCAGUGCCCCUACUGCGUCUACCGCGCCAAGCAGAAGAUGCAUAUCGCUCGCCACAUGGAGCGAAUGCACCGCGAGGUCCACAUGAAACCGGAGCAGUACAUCAAGCAGGACAACGUCGACGCGUGCACAUAG